GAUGUUUCUGAAAGAAGAGAGGUCUUGAGUAACUGGCGGCCAUUCUAUACAAAUUCUACUAACAGAUUCCUGGAAAAGCAACUUUUCCCAUCGUCCCAUCCCAUCUCCAGGAAUUGACAGAGAAGGGGAUAGCUGAUGUAGUUCAUGUUCGGGUUGCAGUUGAAGUAAAUCAUCGUGGGAGACAUGAAGGAGUUUAAGGGUCCAAACAUCGGGAUUGAACCGACGAUGUGUCAAACAUGGCGGACCUCAAUAAAGAAUUGAGUGAAUAUUUACUGAGCAAUAAGAAUGAAAAACAAUAUAAAUUAACGAUCCCAUCAGUGACGAUACCAAAAUCCUCAAUCAGUCGAUGGCUGGGACGAUCGAGUGACCAGGAGGGACAGGAUGCUGGAUGGAUACAAAAUGCUCAGAAAGACUGCUGCCCCAGUAUGACCAGAUUUCAACGUCUUACUGGAUUUGUUAUGUGUAUUGUCAUGGGCAUAAUAUGCUUUAGUUUAUCCGCUAUUUACGUGCCUGUUUUACUGCUGAAAGCACGUAAAUUCGCUCUUUUAUAUUCACUGGGAAGUGUUUUCUUCUUGAUGAGUUUUUGCUUCCUGUGGGGGCCUAUCAGCUACAUGAAAUCAUUGUUAACCCCCGAGAGAAGAUGUUUCACGUUAUCGUACUUUGCGACCCUCGCAGGAACCCUCUACUUCGCCCUUCACUUGCAGUCAACCCCCCUGACAGUGUUGUGCGCAGUUCUGCAGAUAAUAGCUCUGUUAUCAUUCUUAGUUAGUCACAUACCAGGAGGAACUGCUGGACUCAUGUUCUUUGGAAGAUUAUUCCGGUCUUCAGCAAGUCCUACACUCCCUAUAUGACAUUUUCUCAGGACAAUCGCCUCGAGCUCGUGUUUAAAAUCGAUAAAAGACUGGCUAGAGACUAUAUCAUCGUCGUAAAAUCUGCAUGCAAAAUUGGUAUAUGUAAAUUAAGGACCUACAAUUUGUCGUUGAGUUGAGACCAAAAAUGUACAUAAACCCCACGAAAAUCGAUUUUUGUUUUUAACAUUUGUUCUUCCACGUCAAUGUAUAUUGUCUAAUUGAUAAUAAAUGUAUCA